ACAUAUAGUGGCUAGAGGCGCGGUAGUGGUGGCCGAUCGCCGCCGUCAGUGUGUAGACGCCACCACGACGGUUCUCCACGUUCGGCCGUGUAGUCGCACACGGCACACCACGCAGUAACCGGCGUCCGCGUUCGAGGUGUCCGCUCAGUGUUUGCGAGACUGGUGCUGUGCUAUGCGUUCGCCGACGGUCAUCGUAGUUACGGGUGGUGCACGGGAUCGUAGUCGGUGCUGCAGUGACGGCGUUUGACCGCCGCCGAGUCGUCCGCGUUUCGCCUGCGGAAUACAAGCGCGCCCGCGCACGCUGCCGACUAUUAUUAUAUUAUAUUUUUGCGCGUCACGCUCGCGGUUUUGCGCUCCAACGCGUAUUAUUGUAAUAAUAAUAUAUUUAUAACAAUAUAGUACGCGUCAUAUACGCGAACGACGACUACGCGUAUACGAUUUUCACGUAAUACCGAGGCGGUAAUAUUAAUAGUAUAACACACAUAAUAUAUUAUAUAUAUAGCGCGGAGUGAGAUCAUGGCCGAAACGGUAAUAGUGUCGGACGACGCGACGGCGACCAGCACGUCGGCGCUCGUCGACCAGAUAAUCGUGGCCAAGACGUUCGCCAUGCUCGUCCUGGGCCUGGGCUCGUUCGUCCUGGGCGUCGUGCCGCUGAAGCUGACCAAGUGGUGGCGCAUGGACCCCGCGGCCGCGGCGGCCCCGCCGUCGCACCACGCCGGCCACUCGCACGGCGGCGACUCGGCCACCGGUUCGCCGGCCGUGUCGCUGCUGCUGUGCUUCGGCGGCGGCGUGCUGCUGUUCACCACGUUGCUGCACCUGCAGCCCGAGGUCCGGGAGGGCGUCGGCCGGUUGCAGAAGACCGGACAGCUGCCCGACGGACAGGGCACCGAGCACCUGGGCGACCUGAUAUUCUGCGCCGGGUUCUUCAUGGUGUUCAUCGUGGACGAGAUCGUGCACUCGGUGCUGGACCGGUGCGCGGCCAGUCACGCGGACCGCAGCUCCGCGGAGGAGGUGCUGCACCGGUCGAUGAGCCUGAGGCGCCGGACCAUGUCCAUACCGAGGGCCUCGCUGGCCGGCAGCGGAGGCUCGCCCAGUUCCGUCCCCUCGGUGACGGGCGGCAUGUCGGUGGCCAGCAACAAGGAGCUGCUGAACGACGGCAAGCCGCACGACAAGCGGUACCGGCCGGCUGGCUGGGGGUCCGGCCCUACGGCGCCGUCGUCCGCGCUGGCGGCGCACCGGCCGCGAGUCGACGAAGACGCCGAGAAACAGAUGAAGCUGGACGGCGACGGCGUCGGCGGGCCCGACGGCGGCCACUCGUUCCGCGGCCUGUUCACCGUGCUGGCGCUGUCGUUCCACGAGGUGUUCGAGGGCCUGGCCAUAGGGCUGGAGGAGCGCGUCGACAACAUGUGGUACCUGUUCAUCGCCGUGGCCACGCACAAGCUGGUCAUCGCCUUCUGCAUCGGCCUGGAACUGGCCUGGUCCAAGACCCGGCGGCCCGUGCUCGUCAUGUACGUGGCCACGUUCGCCCUGGUCACGCCCGUGGGCAUCAUCAUCGGCAUGGUGCUGGUGCAGUGCGGCACCGGCGGCACCGUGGACGGAUCUCCCGGACGGGUGGCCGUCAUCCUGCAGGGACUGGCCGCCGGCACUCUGCUGUACGUCGUGUUCUUCGAGGUGCUCGCCAGGCACAAGCAGUCGGGAUUCAUGCACCUGCUGUCCAUCAUGUUCGGAUUCAGUAUUUUGCUCGUAUUGCAAUUGAUGACUCAUCAACACAGUCACGCCCCAGUUGACAACCAUCAACAUUCGGAUCACGAUCAUUCAUCACACGAACACGAACACGAACAUGAACACGUGCAUGAUCAUUAGAAUUUCUCAAUGCUUUGAGUUACCAAGUAUUUUAUUAAGCCCAUCGUGAUCUAAGUUUGAUGUAGUUUGUAUUUCGUUAUUAAGUUAAGCUAUCAACUAUUUUGUAUUGUUUAUUUAUUUGUAUUCAAUAUUUCAAUACAUAUAAUAUAAAUAUAUACGAGUGUAUAUAGGCGAUUUUAUUAACGUAAAAUACUUACUUUAUAAUAUAGAGUUUUAAAUUUGUUAUAUAUUUUACAUUUUACUAUACAUUUUGAAGAACAUUCGACUUUAAUUGUAAGCUUAUAUAUCAUAAUACUUUCGCAAAAAAUCUAUUCUAUAUUAUUUUCAUACUAAUGAUUUUUUUAUUAAUCAUAUCCAUCAUAUUAUCAUAUUCUAAGAUAGACAUUUUUUAUUUACAAAUAUAUCGAACAUUAAACGAAUAUGAAUUCUAUUAUUUAUGAAUAAUGAUUUAUGAGCAUAUAAGGAUCUGAUAAUAAGCAUGAAGUGACAAGAAAUUUAUUUAUAAUUUGUUGAUUUACUAUUUCGCUCAUUGAUUUAAA